CAGAAGAAGUCAGCUCAUGCAAGGAAAGUGUAACAAUGCAUUUCUGUGCAACACAUCUUGAUAAGAAAGAUUUCCUCGGCAAGUCUGAUCCUUUUCUUAUAUUCUACAGAGCAAAUGAAGACAACAGCUACACAACUGUUCACAAGACAGAAGUCAUCAAAAAUACUCUCAAUCCGACCUGGCGGCCGUUUACAAUCACAGCAAGGGCACUUUGCAAUGGGGACUAUGACCGGUCCAUCAAAGUGGAGUGUUAUGACUGGGAUGGAGAUGGAGGCAGCCAUGACUUGAUAGGUGUGUUCACCACCAACCUGAGGGAGAUAACAAGGGGAGGAAGUUCGGGCAGCACCUACCAGCCGUUUACCAGAGAGGUUAUCAAUCCUAAAAAGAAAGCAAAAAAGAAAAACUACAAAAAUUCAGGACAGGUAACAGUGAUGAAUUGUAAGAUAGAAAUCAACCCGUCAUUCUUGGAUUUUGUUAAAGGGGGAACACAACUUAACUUCACUGUAGCUAUAGAUUUCACAGCAUCCAAUGGUAACCCUUCGAGCCCCACUUCACUCCAUUACAAUAGCCCCUACCAACCCAACCAGUACGGGUCCGCCAUACAGGCUGUGGGGGAGAUCAUACAGGAUUACGACAGUGAUAAGUUGUUUCCUGUACUGGGAUUUGGAGCCAAGCUUCCAGAUGGAUCAAUAUCACACGAGUUUCCUGUAAACUUCAAUUCAGCCAACCCAUACUGUGCUGGUAUACAAGGUGUAAUGCAGGCGUACUACGGGGCCUUACAGCAAGUACAGCUUUAUGGACCAACAAACUUCGCUCCAGUCAUACAACAUGUAGCAAAAUUUGCGACGUCGAUGAGAGAUGGAAAUAAUUACUUUGUAUUGCUGAUUCUUACGGACGGGGUGAUUACAGAUUUACCCAACACUAUAGAGGCAAUUGUACAUUCAUCUGGCCUACCAUUGUCCAUCAUCAUUGUAGGAGUAGGGAAUGCCGAGUUUGACGCUAUGGAUGUGUUAGAUGCAGACAACCAGAAGCUGUCCAGCCGCGGUAAACAGGCAGUCAGAGAUAUAGUUCAGUUUGUUCCAUUCCGUGACUUCCUGGGGGGUAAAUUUGGCAACAACAUGCAGGUAUCCCAGGCAGCCCUGGCUAAGGAAGUCCUUGCAGAGAUUCCUGACCAGUUCCUCCAGUACAUGAAGGCCAACAAUAUCAAACCCAAACCACCCCAGGAGAAUGUCAGGAUGCCAGGCCAGGGGGCACCAUCAAUACCUCCACCACAAGGGGGUGCUCCUAACAUGCCCCCGCAACAAGGAAUGCCUAACCAAGGAACAUCUCCCUACCCACAAGGCCCUGCUCCAGCCUACCCUCAGGGAGGACCACAACAAAAUGCGCCAUCUCGCCCCCCGCCACCAGGAGGCGCUGCUGCACCACCAUAUCCUAUGUAACGAACAUCUCAUAAUUAACAAGAAGGAAAUUAGACCAAAGGCCCUAGCUACAUGUACAAUAUAGAUGGGAUUGUAAUCAUGUAGAGAUCCAGGGGCAAAAAAGUCACGAAUAUUGGCAUCUGAUGAAAUAUACCUAGUCUACUGAUGUUUGUGUGGCUUUAACAGUUAUUAAUUCAUUUGCCUAUCCAUUCUACUGAUGUCUGUGUGGCUUUAACAGUGCAAUUAUACCCUGCUAUUAACUUAUUAAGUCAUUUGCCUGUCCUUCUUCCAUCAGUAGUUGUUAUCACUCUAGAAGCCUCAUUUAUGUAACUAUCGUUUCUUAUUUACCUUACUACUACUUUGUGUGACAUUAACAGAGCUAUUUGUACAAUGUUUAAGUUCUGUGGGUAUGUAAUGUUCCUUGUCUAUCAUACAGUUCUCUGAAUGACUUUCAAAGAUAUGUCUGUUUAUGUUUUAGCUUCAGUAUUAAACACCUUUAUGUAGAUUCUCAA